AUGGAUCCAAAGCAGAGGAAAAAAGGCAGUUCAUCAAGCUGUGUUUCUAUGACCAGUCAUGCUUCAAAAGAGGAUCCUCCAUAUUUCAGUAACAAAAACAGGAAUCCUACAUCUGCUGAGACAGACAGGAUGGAUGCAAACUGCAAGGAGAGAGUUACAUCACCAACUUGUAUGUCUCUGAAGAGUGCAAGAUCACGGACUCCACCACCAGAUUUUAACUCUGGAAAUACAGAAGACAGAAAUGUGCCACCAGAUGAGCCACUGGCAAAACCGGACCGCCCACUUCCACCACUGAUGGAGGACUGGACUAAAGAACACGUGAAAGAAUGGCUGAUUGUUACACUCAGAGUAUCACCGCAAACUGCACAGAAUCUCUAUGACCAAGAGUUGUCAGGGGCUUGCUUGCUCUCUUAUGAGAAACAAGACCUGUUAGAAUUAGGUGUUCCCCGAGCACCAGCAAUACAAAUCAUGCGGCAGGUUGAGAAGUUUAAGGCAAGUGUGAGGAUACAAAAGAGUUAUAAUGAAUCCAGAGAAGGCGAACAAUGGAAAAGUAAAGAUGUAAAGAUGCACGAUGUAUCAGGAAAUAUGGAUGAAUCAGUGGAAGAUGAUACAAUGUCAUCAGAUUCAGGAAUUCAAAGUGUAAGCUCCACAGUGCUGAUGCUAGAGAAGGUAAGAAGCAGAAUACGAUCUGCAAUAGAUCAGACAACAGCAGAUGACAAGCAGAUAUAUACAGCAGAACUUACUGACAAUGCAAUAUUUCUGCAGCUAAAGGAGCCAAUAUGUCAGAUUCAGCCCUUUGACAAAAGCAACACCUCCAUCUUUUAUGCACAAAAUGACAUUUUUCCUGCUGUAGCAGGUCCAAGUAAUCUUCUUGACCCUGUCCAUGAGUACCAGCUCCUGCCUAGUGCAAAUGAGGCCAGUGAAAAAGAAAUCCUUUAUGAAUUCACGAAGGAAGUAUUUAGUUUUUCAGCAAGCUGCAUGAACUCACGAACUAACGGAACUAUUCAUUUUGGAGUGAAAACCCAGCCAGGUCAGGGAUAUGGUCAUGUAGUUGGGCACAAUAUCACCUCCUUCAGUAAAUACAAUGAGGCAUUUGAAUCAUGUCUGAGUGAAUAUUUUGAAGAACAACACAUAAAUGCUGCCAGAAUGUGCAUAAGGCCUCCUAAAUUCAUUCAGGUUCACAAUCAAGAUGGAACAACUUCAGACAAAUGGGUGAUUGAGGUCGAUGUUGUUCCAACAUAUUCCGAGACACAAGAGAAUCUUUUUUAUACUCUCUUGAGUAUUGCAUCAACAGAAAAGACGCAACAAUCCAAAACUGAAUGUCUCUUUGUCCGGGAUGGUCCGAGGUCCAUCAAUAUUUUAGCAGAUCCAAAUCCUCGAAUAGUCCAAGAGCAGAUGAAAGAUUUGAUUCAUAAAGUCAAAUGCUGGGCAUCAGCACGCAAGUCAGCUGAAGAAAAGCCAGAAACACAGCCCUCCCGAGGCCAUCAGGGCCACAGACUCAAACAACUGAUCACUCGUGGAAGAGAUGCAUUCGAGAAUUACAUUCAAGUCAUCGUUGUCACUGACAAAUGUCACUCAAGCCAACUUGAGCACUUAGAUUUUCUGAAAGAGAUGAAGUUGUUUGCUGUCCUUGAAUUUGACCCAGAGUCUGAUGUGAAUGGAACAUGCAGUUUUUACAGAAGAGAUCGCAUAGCCAAUCUACACUACCCACGCAUGUACACCACUCAGGACAAUGUAACUGCAGUUAUUGGAAAGCUGAACUUGUUUAAGCAAACAAGUUGGAUUUUCUGCAACGGACGGAUGAAUGAGGAGGGUGAGACAGACAAACCACUAACAACUAGUGAAUGGCUCAAGAAACGCUCUGGUGAUAUCAAUACCAUGAUUUCGUUUCUCUGCAACCCAGAUUUGCUCUCCAAAGAUGGACUCCUAGUGGUCUUCAUUCUUCACUCAGUUGUUGCUGACAUUUCAAGUCCUAUUUUGGAGGCCUUCUGUGCAAUGUAUCGUACACUGGAAGGGGUUGACAAUAUGUUGUGCAUAUGCAAAGACUCCACUGUGUUCAACCAGUGGAAGCCGCUGAUAGAAUAUCGCUGUAAGGAAGACAUCACCAGUAAAUGCAUCUAUGAACUGAGUCUAAAUGAAAUAUCUAGCACCAUCAAAAUGCUUAAAGAACCUCAAACACGAUCUUCUCAGAGAUAUCUGCCAUCCACAGGCUCAAGCUCGGUCCUCCUAACAAAAAAAGAUGAGGAGCUGAUGACUGUUUUGGACAUCUUAUGUGAAAAUGAAUGUGAGAACACAGAAAUUGAAACAAAGGAGUCCUUCCAGGAGUUCAAGUUGAAAACAGAGGAGAAUUUUUACAGAGGAGGGCAAGUCUCAUGGUGGAACUUUUACCUCUCUGAGACGCCAGGCUGCCUGCCAUUCAUCAAACGAGACAAAUACAAAGAGUUGUAUGACUUGAUCACGCCUGUGGAAGGCCACCCAUAUCCUUGUGUUAUGAUCAAUCUCCUUCAUCAUCCAGGAUGUGGGGGAACAACUCUAGCAAAACAUGUUCUUUGGGACCUGAGAAGUAAAUUCAGAUGUGCCGUUGUAAAAAACACCAUGGCAACAAAUCCUGAAAUAGCAGCCCAAGUCAUGACACUGUUGACUUAUGGGAAACAGGAGCAGCCAGGCUAUACACCUGUUCUCCUUUUGGUGGACAACUGGGAUGAUGUAGAACACCUAAAGCAGUGCAUUCUGAAUGGGGCCAGGGAACGGAACAAUCUCAUGGUAAUAAUACUGAAUUGUGAGAGAACCCAGUUCCCUGUUGAGAACUCAACAGGCAGCCGCAUUACAAAUGUGUUCAUCACCAACAAGCUGUCAGGCAAAGAGCAGAAUUUGUUUUCUGAGAAACUUCGACAACUCAAGGAUUUUCAUGAAAAGCCUGAGACUUUCUAUGCCUUCAUGAUCAUGACUAAUAAUUUCAGUGAGGAUUACAUCACUAAUCUGGUGACCAACACUCUGAAAGAUCUUGACACCACCACCCAACAGGGUAGGCUUUUCUCCUUCCUAGCUUUGCUAAACACAUAUGUCAAUGGAUCCUACAUGUCACUCUCUCUGUGUGAGGAGUUAGUGGGAAUAAGAAAUCCUCUGUGGAAGCAAGAAACUCUUGAUGAUAAAAUGAAUCCCUACUCCACAUUGCUGAUCACCUUCACUGUUGAAGAGCAUGGUACCUAUCAGGCAGUACGAUUCUUACACCAAAUGAUUGCUAGUAACUGUCUUCAAGUCAUUUCCCAGAAACACAAACUUUCUCUGGCUGAGAUAACUACUGACCUUUUGUUAUAUGACAAAGUCUACAAGUCAUGCAUGGGAAAGGAUUUCCUGGUGCACAACAUCCACAGCAUGCUUGUGAAACGUCACCGAAAAGAUCAAGGGGAUGACACAGACUCAUUCUUUUCUCCUCUGAUUGAAGAAAUAGGUAAGGAAGGACUAGACAAAAUUGCAGAUCUCUUGAAAAGAGCCACUGAGAGAUUCGACAGAAGUGCAACACUGCCACAAGCACUAGCAAGACAUUUCUGCUUGACAGAGAAAGACUUUGAAUCUGCCCUCAAGUGGGCUUUGGAUGCACAAGGGAAAAGAUCUAAUUCUUAUAUUUCAGAUACAGUUGGACAAGUGUACAAAAGCCAGCUCAAAAAGGAAAUUGAAGAUUCAAAGGAUUUCACUCCUGAAUUACUUGAAAAAUGCCUAACCUUAGGAUCCAAAGCUGUAAUGGCAUUCCAGGAUUCACAGGAACUUGCCAAGAAAGAUGAACAAGUUGAUCCAUUUGAGCUACAUAACAAAAACAGACCAAAGUCCUACAACACAUCAGGCUAUGUUGGAGAGACUGAAGUCAUAAUGAUCCUUCUUGAUAUCAUUAAAGAGCUUCCUCUUUUCACUGUUCAUGACCAACACCAAAGAGAUAAAAUGUUACAAUUUCUCAAAGGUCACCACCCAGUGAGCAAUUUAUAUGAUCACAGCAACACAAACAUCAACCAGUUUGUGGCUGUCCUCGCACACCAUGAGACAUUUCUAGUCUCUCUGAAGACAAGACUGAAGGAAAUUUUCAGUUUCUUUGAGAACUAUUUCACAUACCUCAGACCUAGGUCUGUGCCACAGGAAAGGGUAACUGCAGAUGAAAGAAACAAACAAAAACUUUCUCAGUACUUCAAAAAAUACCUGAAAAUAUUUAGCAUUUCAGAACAAGAAAAAGCAUCUGAAAAAGUAAGUAAACCCAAUCUGAGUCUCCGACAGGAAAUUGAGGAUCAGAGGCAGUAUCUGGAAAUGAAGCGAGCAGACACGUUUGCUGGACUUCUGCAGUGCCUGUCUUCAGAAGUCCACGGUAUGGAAAUGGAGCACGUUGUGAAAAAAUGGCAGUUCAUCUUUGACAAGUCAUCAAGUAGAUAUGUGUCAGAUACAGUUAACUUCAUCCUGGCAAACAUAGUUCUACACAGCAUCAAGCCAUCCUCCAAACUGCUGUAUAAAUAUGAAAAAUUGGUUGACCUUCUCAAUGAGGCACUGCAAAUCGAGGGUACACAUUCAAAUUUGACAGAGCUGUACUACCUCUCAAUGCUGUUCAUGUGGCCUACAAAAGACCAAAGGCUUGAAAACUCAGCGGCAUAUAAAAAUAUCAGCACAUAUGUCACAUCAGCCAAGAAAUCUUUUCAUCGACGCUUCUCCCACAUGUUUCCAGCAAGGAGUUCUAUUGCUCAUUUCUUCCUUGGGAAUUCCAAUGGACUGAAGCGAAUAGUUUCCAAAGUGAGGCUUGAUCAAAUUUUGAUCCGUGUUUCAAAGCAACAAGCCUCCAGCAAAAGUCAAAGUACUCAACCACGUAACUUGCACUAUCUCUGGCAGAGUGGUGCAGCAUGGAAAGAGCCUGAGGUCCAGGAAAAGCUGUUACGCAUUAAAGGACAAUCAGAAAAUGGAGACAUUUAUGUCAACUAUGGUGGCAACCUAAAAAUGCUGGUGCGCCCAGUUUACCUGGGUGAUAUUCGAAGCGGAUGCAGCAGGGAGGAAGUAUCCUUCUACCUGGGAUUCACCAUGGAAGGCCCUGUGGCCUAUGAUAUUAAGUAUGAAAAUGACCAAUGA